AUGGAAUACGAGAUCAAGAAGACACUCCGUAUCGUCCGUUCAACAGAUGCAGCUUCGAAAGUCAACUUCACCAUCAAGUUUUCACCAUAUCAGUUAUAUCCCGGAGCCAGCAAAGAAGGCGAAGAUAAACAUGCUUGGUAUCGCAAAUCCCGUUACGGAGAUUCUGAGGACAAGAUGGAAAUGUAUAUCAAGUUGAUGACUGCAUAUGGAAAAUCCGCAGGUAUAGAUUAUAAAUUCGGUGGUACAGUUGCCAAUACCCUCGAUGCUCACCGAGUUGUUCAACACUUCCAACAAGAAGAUGUGAAAGGUGGUGGUCCGCAGACAGCGGAUAAGAUCGUCAUGGCGUUGUACCGAAUGUAUUUCCAAGAGGAGAAACAUCCUAGUAGUGAGGAGACAUUACUUGCGGCUUGUAAGGAAGCGGGAGUGGACGAAGGAGAAGCAAAGAAGAUCAUUGAGGAUGAAUAUGAGGGGUUGAUGGAUGUGAAGAAUUUGAUUAGAGAGGCAGAGGGGAAUGGUGUGGACAGUGUACCGGUUGUUAGUGUUGAGGGUAAAAGGAGAGAUAUAACCUUGACUGGGGCACAGGAGGUUCAUGAAUAUGUGAAGACGUUGGAGCAGAUUGUCAAGGAGAGCGAGUAA